AUACCAUCACUAAAUUGUCAAAAACAAAAACUUAAUUUGUGAUCCCGAGGCAGAGUGUUUAUUUUGAAUAAUGACUGAUUCAAACGUACCAAGGGGAGCUCCGAGCUUGCAAAAUGUGCUGAAAUAUACGAUGCAGCACCACGACCCAAAUGCUACACCCCAGUUGGCCGAAGAACCAGAUGCUGAGCGGACACAAUUUUUGGCAAAUGCACUAAAUGCAAUGACAGUAGAUGCUGCAGCGGCUCUGAAAGCAGCCUUGCUCAUAUUAAAUACUGAUGAAGCCAGCACAGACGACCAAAUGGAAAGUCUGGAUGUCAUUAGGAGCCACAUCGAUGACAUCGACAAUGCCAUUACUCUGGUGAAGCUAGGAGGAACGAAAACUUUACUUCGCUAUAUAACGCAUUCAGAUUCCGAAAUAAGAUCUUCAGCGCUUAAUACUGUAGCAGAGGUGGCCCAAAAUAACGAGUUUUGUCAAAACGUACUCAUAAACGAUCAGUUUUUGCCUGUACUUGCAAAGAAUUUAACGAAUACCAACCAAAAUAUUGUUCGGUGUUCUUUAUACGCGAUAUCAUCGCUGAUACGAAACUUUGAGCCUGGUUACAAUGAGUUCAAGCGUGUAAAUGGCAUAAGGGCCUUGAUACCCUGUCUGAAAUCUACAGAUUUAAAUGUCUACGUCAAGACUGCGUUUCUAAUAGCAUCUUUAACCUCUGGCGACAAGUCUAUAAGAGAUGACUUUAUAAAGGAAGACAUAUUUCCUGUUCUCGUAUCAAAUUUAAAACCUGUUGACGACUUCGAUAUCAGACAAGAAACUACUCUCUUCGCACUAUCAUCUUUAUCUGUAGAAUCAGAUUUAAAACUUUCAACAGAAAAACGCGAGCAAAUCUUGUCGGUUCUCCAACAAAUAAUAACCAAGCACAAACAGGCGGAAAACUGUGAAGACAUGGUUAAAUAUGCAAGAAACAUUGUGGACAACUUAACUCACGUUAAGUGAUAAAAUAAAUCCAAAUUUCACGUAAAUUGUAGGCUAAAUACAAAAUGUUUUUAAAAAGGA